CCCGGGGUGUGUCCCACAAAUGGCGUCAGAUAGCGACACGGAGGAGUUCUACGAUGCUCCCGAUGCUCCCGAGGACGUGCACCUGGGGGGUGCCUACCCUGCCGGGUCUCCAACAAAGAUGGGUUUUCCAUCCCUGAAGGAAACAGACAACCUUAAACACAGAACUGGACAUGAGCCCCUCGUUCAAGAACUGAAACAAGAUGAUUCCAAAAAGAUUAUUGAAAGUAUUAUUGAGGAAAGCCAGAAGGAAAGCCAGCAGCUUGAAGAUGAACCUUUGGAUUCCAGGGAAAAAGAACAUUUGGAUCCACCGUCAACUGUGGGUACCUUGGUUGUUGGAACAGACCUUCUGAGCAAUAUUCCUGUACUCCUAGCCACAGAUCAGGGGUCACAAGAUGUUAACAAAAGAGAAACACAGACUGCGUUUAAGGAAACCAAACCUGAAUCUGGCAAAUCUCUUUGUCCUUAUGAAGAUCCCACCGAGAAACAAGCGAGUGAAGCGGCUCACGUAACAGAAAUCAGUUCUUCAGAUAAGCAUAAUGUCAUGGAAAAAGAAGCAGCAGCAACCAAAAAAGAGGAAAUAAAAUCAACUGACAUUUUAGAACAGGUACCGAUGGACUUCUUCCCUCCCAAAGAGGUAGCUACAGCAGAAGAAGCAGCUCCUGUGAAACCCCCAAGACAUAUUUCUGCAGAACCGGAUAUCGUGGCAAGCACGAAGAAGCCCGUCCCGGCUCGGCCUCCUCCCCCGGCCCAUCACCCUCCACCUAGACCACCUCCUCCUGCCCGGCCUGCUGCCCCACCCCGGAAAAAGAAAAACGAGUUAGACCUGGAGACUCUCAAAGCAGCGGAGCUAGAAGUUCCUAGAGAGAAUUUUGCACCUGGUAGUGCUUUGACUUCCAAUUCGUCUUCCACAUCCCAGUCCAAGGAAAUACAACCUUCCCUUGAUUUGGCAAGCGCGACCUGUGGAGAAAAAGUUGUCACUGAUCAGGAAAAUGGAAAAUCAUCUGAUGGGCAGACAACUGGGGAAAUGAUGGGCCCUCAAAGACCAAGGUCCAACUCCGGGAGAGAGCUCACUGAUGAGGAAAUUCUUGCCAGUGUGAUGAUUAAGAACCUUGAUACCGGAGAGGAAAUACCUUUGAGCCUUGCAGAAGAAAAACUGCCUACUGGAAUUAAUCCUCUCACUCUACACAUCAUGAGAAGGACCAAGGAAUAUGUAAGUAAUGAUGCUGCCCAAUCAGAUGAUGAAGAGAAGAUCCAAUCCCAGCCAACGGAUACUGAUGGUGGAAGGCUAAAGCAGAAGACGACCCAACUUAAAAAGUUCUUGGGAAAAUCAGUGAAAAGAGCUAAACAUCUUGCUGAAGAAUAUGGGGAGCGUGCCGUAAAUAAAGUGAAAAGCGUUCGAGAUGAAGUGUUCCAUACUGAUCAGGAUGAUCCUUCCUCAAGUGAUGAUGAAGGAAUGCCAUAUACAAGACCAGUGAAAUUUAAAGCGGCCCAUGGAUUCAAAGGGCCAUAUGACUUUGAACAGAUCAAAGUGGUUCAGGAUCUUAGUGGUGAACACAUGGGAGCAGUUUGGACCAUGAAGUUUUCUCACUGUGGUCGAUUACUUGCCUCAGCUGGACAAGACAAUGUAGUGAGAAUAUGGGCAUUAAAAAAUGCUUUUGAUUAUUUCAACAAUAUGCGAAUGAAAUACAAUACAGAAGGACGUGUAUCUCCUUCACCUUCUCAAGAAAGUCUGAAUUCAUCAAAAUCCGAUACCGAUGCAGGAGUCUGCAGUAGUGCUGACGAGGACCCUGAUGAUAAGAACGCACCAUUUCGGCAGCGGCCCUUUUGUAAAUAUAAAGGACACACAGCAGAUCUCCUUGAUCUUUCUUGGUCUAAAAACUACUUUUUGUUGUCUUCUUCCAUGGAUAAAACCGUCAGGUUAUGGCACAUUUCAAGAAGAGAAUGCCUCUGCUGUUUUCAACAUAUAGACUUCGUCACAGCUAUUGCGUUCCAUCCAAGAGAUGACCGCUAUUUUCUGAGUGGGUCCUUGGAUGGAAAACUUCGACUUUGGAACAUUCCUGACAAAAAAGUGGCAUUGUGGAAUGAAGUGGACGGGCAAACCAAGCUGAUCACGGCUGCCAAUUUCUGUCAGAAUGGCAAAUAUGCUGUCAUCGGCACUUAUGAUGGACGAUGUAUCUUCUAUGACACUGAGCAUUUGAAAUAUCAUACACAAAUACAUGUAAGAUCUACCAGAGGACGCAACAGAGUGGGAAGAAAAAUUACUGGCAUUGAACCUUUACCUGGAGAAAACAAGAUACUUGUGACCUCAAAUGACUCCAGAAUUAGGCUAUAUGACCUUAGAGAUUUGUCAUUGUCCAUGAAAUACAAAGGCUAUGUCAACAGCAGCAGCCAGAUCAAAGCAAGUUUCAGCCACGAUUUUACAUACAUUGUUAGUGGUUCAGAAGAUAAAUAUGUUUAUAUUUGGAGUACUUACCACGACCUCAGCAAGUUUACAUCAGUUAGAAGAGAUCGCAAUGACUUCUGGGAAGGUAUUAAAGCACACAAUGCGGUUGUCACAUCAGCCAUCUUUGCUCCGAACCCGAGUUUGAUGUUGUCGUUGGACUUGCCGUCUGAGAAGGCCGAAGCUAAUGAUAAAGAUACUGAUUCUCAAGCUUCAGAUCCCAUCCCUUCUGGUGCCCUGAAGACCGACCAUACCGAAGUUCUUCUCUCUGCCGAUUUCACUGGAGCCAUCAAAGUGUUUAUUAACAAAAAAAAAUAUGUCGCUUGACUUAUGACAACCUCAACUUGAAAUAAACAUCGAUGAGUCCUUUUCUCUAGGCAUCCUGAGUGAAAAAGCAUUGGAGUAGUAUUGCAGGCUAACAUUGUUUUUAAGCUGUUCAGAGCUAAUAUGUUUGGGGAGGCAGUGUCAGGAAGCUAGGAACUGGGCCAGGGCCACUAGAAAGGAUAUGUUUGUGCAAGAGGAGAGUUGCCCAGUGGUUGGCUUCACAUUUUCAAACUGGUUGUGGUUUUGCUAUAUAGUUGUCAACAUGCGAAGGUUUCUGCAUGAAAUAUAUUCAUCUAUGAAUCUCCUGUGUGUGCCUUUUUUUGGUUACAUGCCCUGAAUUUUAACAACUCAGUGCUUCAGAGGCUGUUUUGGCUGUUCAGUGACAGGAAAAUGGUUUUGGUUUAGCGUUUCAAAAAAACUUUUCUUUUGCACAGAAUUCCUUUUUUUGUUUUGUUUUUUUGUUUUUUUUAAUGGUGGUCCCUUUGGACUCUUGAAUGACUUGGAGAAGAUGAUACAGAUUUCCAGUAGAUCAACAACUCCAUGUAAAUGUUUUUAUAAAUUUCCCAAUUUGAGGACAAUUGUUUUUGUGGCCUUGUUGUGGAUUUUAGGGUUUUCUUUGUAUGUGUAUAUAGAAAUAGCAUUUCUUCAUUUUUGCACACUGGAGCACAAUGUUUCUAUGUAAAGAACACUUUUCAUUCCUUAUUUGUGGGCAGUAGGCUCUAUGAGAGCUCACUUGAAAAAAAAAAGCUGCACUCGUUAGAAAUUCUUUUCUACAACACUGUAAAAAUGAAUUUGUUUACAUUUUUUUAAGGCAUUGGAGUUUUCCAAAAUUAAGCUGUUUUGAUUUGAGUUGCUGAAUUUGAAGGACUUUGUAAAUAUCGCUCUACUGUACCAAUGAAAUAACAUCGGGGCAGCCGAACCCCAAGCGUGUUGUUGAUGGUUAGCCUAUGUCUCAGAAAGUAAAAUGUAUAAUUAAAAGUUGGUCACCAACAUU